AUGGCAGAAGUUCAUGGCAACAUCUUCACUUUGUGGCUGGGACACACCCCUGGGGUCGUGCUGCAUGGGUUCCAAGCAGUGAAGGAUGGGCUGAACACCCACCCUGAAGAGUUUUCUGGACGGCUGGAGACCCCUGUCUUCAAACGAUUGGCAAAUGGAAAAGGUAUUAUGUUCUCAAGUGGUCACACCUGGAAGCAGCAGAGACGCUUUGGGCUGAUGACCCUGCGGAACCUGGGACUAGGCAAGAAAGGCCUGGAGCACCAAAUCCAAGAGGAGGCCCGUCACCUGGUGGGGUACUUUGAGACUGUGAAAGGGAAAUCUCUGGAUCCUUCUGUCCCCAUUGUUCAUGCUGUCUCAAACGUGAUUUGUGCUGUGGUUUUUGGACAUCGUUUCUCCUUAGAGGAUGAAACCUUCCACCGACUGAUUGAAGCCUUCGACUGUAUAUUGGCUUUUGGGAACAGUUUCCAUUUUUUGCUGUUUGAACUUCUCCCCUGGCUCAUGCAUCAUCUCCCAGGGCCUCAACAGAAGGCAAACUCUUGCUGUGAAUUUGUGCGUUCUUUCAUAAGGAAGGAGAUCAGAAGCCACAAGGAGAGAGGCAUACCAGACAAACCACAGGAUUUCAUUGACUUCUAUCUGGCUCAGAUAGCCAAAAAAGUCCAGAAGGAGCUGGACACUGUGCUGGGUCCCUCCCAGUUAAUCUGCUAUGAGGAUCGAAAGAAACUGCCCUACGCCAAUGCCGUGAUUCAUGAGAUCCAGCGUUACUGUAGCAUUGUUUUAAUCGCGAUCCCCAGAGAAAGUGGGAAGGAUACAACGCUGCAGGGCUUUCCCAUUCCAAAGGGCACCCUCAUUCUGCCAAAUUUAGACUCUGUCCUCUUUGAUCCUGAGAAAUGGGAGUCUCCUCGACAGUUCAGUCCAAGUCGUUUCUUGGAUAAGGAAGGAAAUUUUGUGAACAGAGAAGCUUUUUUACCAUUCUCAACAGGGUCCCGUGUGUGUUUGGGGGAGCAGCUGGCAAGGAGUGAGCUCUUCAUCUUCUUCGCCAACCUGCUGAGGGCGUUCAAGUUCACCCUCCCACAGGGAGGGAAGGAAAUCAGCACAGAGCUUGUUUUGGGGAGCACAAUGCAGCCCCAGCCAUAUAAGCUCUGUGUUGUUCCUCGUUAGGCUGCAGUGCAUCACAGAUCAGGAGAAAGAACAG